AUUUGAAUCGCCACGGCGCGCGAGGAAAACGUUUAUUCUCGACGUGCUCAAGCGGCUCCGCGACGCAGGUUCGCAUGGAGUCGUGGGACAAUACCACGGACCAUAUGGGGGGUCCUUAUCCCGAAGAGAUCCUGCUCGAGGCGUACAACUUGGAAUGGGAGUCCAUCGAGCUGCGGUGCCAGCGACUACAGAAAACAUGGCAACAGCUCUUGCUGGGAGAGGAAAUGGAGAUGGAGGAGCUGAGGUACAAGCGGCAAUUGCGUAGACUGAAGCGACAGGAACAGGAGAAGCAGGCACGAGAGCAGGCCGAGCGUGAGCAGGAAACGAAAGAAGCUUUGUAUAGGGAGAAGCAGCGGGAAGAAGCAGAGAGACAAAAGAAGGUGAAGCAGGUGGCGGCUAGCGGAACGCAGACGGAUGAAGAGGAACCUGUGUCGAGUAAGAAGAAGGAGGCCAAGACAGCUAAAGCUAAAGAGGCGAGAACAAAGACAGUCAAACGUAAAGAAUUGAAAACCAAGAUGCAGCCUACGCAGAGUCAGAAGACGAAGCCAGCACUGCCGAAGAGGAUUACACCUAUUAGUUUACCGUCGGCGCAGCCCGAAGAAGACUCCGUUUCAGAGAACCAGAAGGGUCUCGAAGGGUAUGAUAGCCCCCCGCCAGAGCUACCGAACGAUGGACUCCUGAGCAUGUUGUCGCUUGACAAGGAUAGCGACUCGGACGAUGAUGACGAGCCGUCUAUGGUGAGUCUGAUUCUGCCGGUCGCUCAGGAAUCUCCUAAGCGAGUGCAGAAAUCACCGGUGAAAAAGAAGACAAUUACGUCUACGAAACGAUUUGCGAAGAGGAGGGGAGGUCCGCCACUAGAUUUUAACUUUACGAACGCGGAAGCGAGGAGGCAGACAAAACUUGCGGGGGUUGCUACUCAAGCUGAGCAGGAGGAGAGCGACGAAGCAGAGGCUGAACCCGAGCCAAUGCCCGCAUCGACACCAAAGAAGCGUCUUAGACGUCGAAAGGACCUGAAAGAAGCCGUAUCGAGAGCGAUGAGCUCGAUGCCGGGUACGGCAAAUACCACGAUGGCAGUCAAAGCAAAGGAAGAUGACAUAAACGCUGUAAAGAAUGAUGCCAAAACAACUUCAGCAGGCAGCAAUAAUAUGCGGAAAAAGACUGUGGGGAAUAAUGUUGGCAAGGAUACGCAGUCUAAGACGAAGUCGAAGUCUGCAAAGACAUCUGGAGAAGGAGAUUCUACGAUCCCGCCAACAAAGACGAAGGUUAACGGGAAAAAUGAGAAGAUGUCCAUCAAGCAGCGAUUGGCGAAUGCUGAGCUGCUUGCUCGAAUGAACAAGGUGCAAGAUAUGAGCACUCCAAAAGUGUUGGGUAAGAAUACCAAGAAGGGCCAGAAAGAAGAAGCGGCAAAGAUGUUGGCGGCAAAACGAGCAGAGUUCCGGAAGGUGUUAGCGAGUGAUACAGCGGAGUUAGACGCACCCCGACGCGACCAAAUGAUCGAGGAGGGAGAUUUGAACAUCAGCUUGAACAGCAGUGGACUCAUUAGCGAUAAUGACUCACCGGAAAAUGUACGAGCCCCAACGCGAAAGAGACCAAGGGGAGCGGUAGAAGGAGACGUGACGCCCACCAAGAAACUGCAGUUCCUAGAGAUCACGAAGCGUUUGGUCAAGUCACCGAUGCCACGAUAUCUGCGGACUCCAACCCCUCUGGUGUCUCCAGUGGUCGCUUCGGGCCCCACCAAGCAAAGGGCUGCGUCACCAGGACCUCGUAGCGCAAGUAUUCGCCCCACAGCUGCACCUACUACACGUCGACUGAAUUCAGCUCCGAUUCGACCGAAGAAGACUACCAAAGCUAACAGUUUUGGCACUCCAGCAGGUGGUGUUAAUGCUGCCGCAAAUGGCGGUGGGUUCUCCAUGUUCGACGCUUUUGUCAACAGUGGUAGUAAUGGAUCGAUUCCAAGACUGAAAACGAAGGCUCGAGGUGGAUCACCGUCAGUAUAAACCAGGGUGUUCAUAGUGUAAUAUACCAACCACGACGUGAAAUUAGUUGUAUCAAUAAAACUCAGUGUUGAUGCUGUGAACUCAACUUGAAAGCACCUGAAAAUACUAA